AUGUCUUCAACCCCGUCCACAUCCACGACGACGUCCACGCCAUCAUCGCGCUCCAAGGGUCUCCCCAAGUCACCCAAGCGGCGUCUACAACAACCUCCACUCAUUACUACAUCCCACUUUCUUUUGGCUCACGUCUUUUGCAUCGCACUCUAUCUUGUACCCAUUCUUACUACCAGCAAUGCCAAUACUCACACCAACACCAAGUACGGUAUCAACCCACCGCAUACGCUGGCACCCGUUCUCGAUGAAAUACAUAUCGUCUCCCCGGACAAUGCCGACGUCAACGACCCCAACGCUACUCUACGGAACAUUUUCACCAACGAUUAUUGGGGUCGUCCCAUGCAAGCACCCAACAGUCACAAAUCCUGGCGACCCUUGUCCAUUCUCUCCUUCCGCUACCUCCAAGGUGGACACGUCGAUCAGUGCCAGUGGUGGUGGUGGUUACGGUACUGCACCGGGUUCUCGUUGCCGCCUCUCCUGGCGCAUCGACUCGUCAACGUUGUCACCCACGCCUGUCUCGCCGAAAUGGUCGGGAUCCUCGCGGCGCAACUCGUACCCUCGCCGGACGCACACUUUCGUCGUCUUUUGCGACUCGUGGCCAAAAUCGCCUUUGGCCUACACCCGACUCACGUGGAAGUCACGGCCAACGCUGCCAAUCGACCCCACCUACUCGCACUCCUCGCCAGUUUGGCCGCACUCGACGCCGGUAGCAGUGUUGCCUCUAGCACAACUGUGUGGCCCUGGCUACGCACUCUUCUUUUCCUCGUGGCCGGAUUCUUGUCCUGCGAAACCUUUCUCUUCCAAACCGUACCCAUCGUCGUCACCUACACCGUGCUGGUCUACGUGCAGCUAUACCACAACGCUCCCACGUCCGGGUCGAGUCGUCGCGUCUACCGUCAACGCAACGGGUGGUGGUACCGGCAACUAUGGAGUCUCGUACCGAUCGUGAGACUCCGCGUCGCUCUAGUUGUGGCCAGUGGAAUCCUCUACUACACGGCCCGAUCCGCCCUCGACACCUUGUCCAUUCCCGACGGACUCAUCCGACCGGCCGAAAAUCCUUUUUUUGCCCUCCAAGGUUGGCAUCGCGUCCGCAACUACCUCUACAUUGUUGCCGUACACGUCGCCAAGGCUUGGGAUUUGGACGUGCUCGGAUUCUCACACGAGUACGGGUACAAUUGCGUGCCGGAAAUUAACGAAUGGACCGAUCGACGCUUGCUGCUACCACUCACAAUUGCCGUACUCUACCUGGCCACGGCCGUCUUCUUUCUCUUGCAACACGCCCGUCGUCGCCAAGUCUGGUCGAUUCCCUUCCUCCUCUUUGUCGUGCACGUUUCCUGGAUGGUCACGCUCUUUCCCGUCGCCGGGAUUGUCAAAGUCGGCACCUUUGUGGCGGACCGCAUCGUGGUGGCGAGCUCCGUCUCGACCAGUAUCGUGCUCGCCUACGUGGCGACCCGCUGGAUGACGGCGCCCCGGUCCCGCACGGCCGUCACACGCCGCGUGACCCUCCUCGCCCUCACGGUCGGUGUCUUUCAAACCCACCGUGUUUACGUCCGUACCACGCAAUGGAUGGAUUCCUACCCUCUCCUCACGUCUAGUCUCGUUACCUGUCCACGGUUCGCCAAGGGACAUUUGGAACUGUCCAAAAUAUAUUCCGGACUCUAUCCGGAACGCUUCAAUUUAACCACGGCACGGUGGCACUUGGCGCGGGUCGAAGAUAUUGAUCCCACUUUUUGUGACGUGCACCAGCAAGUAGCCCACGUGGCCAUUCAGGAACGGCGGUACGAAGAAUUCGAAGAGCGCCUGGUCCAAGCCUUGCUCUGUCCGUUUACCCUGGGCGGUGCCACGGAUCUGUGGCAACGAUACUGGAAAAUUACGUUAAAUUCGCAACAGAAUCCGUCCGACGUUGUUGCCGCGGCCGAACAACGCUACCAGACCUACAUGAAACGCAUCCAGGUGGCCAUUCAACAAGAACAAGAAAACGAGCCGGUCCCCGUAUCUACCUCACCAAUCGUGGGAUGGCAAAAAUGA